AUGAAGGUUGUACUAGUUCUCUACGACGCAGGAAAACACGCCCAAGACGAGGAAAGACUCUACGGUUGCACCGAAAACGCCCUUGGUAUCAGGGACUGGCUCGAGAAGCAGGGCCACGAGCUCGUUGUCACCAGUGACAAGGAGGGCGAGAACUCUGUGCUCGAGAAAAACAUCCCGGACGCCGACGUGAUCAUCUCCACGCCUUUCCACCCGGCCUACAUCACCAAGGAGAGAAUCGACAAGGCCAAGAAGCUCAAGCUGCUGGUGGUUGCCGGCGUGGGCUCGGACCACAUCGACCUCGACUACAUCAACCAGUCCGGCAGAGACAUCUCUGUGCUGGAGGUGACCGGCUCGAACGUGGUUUCCGUUGCCGAGCACGUCGUGAUGACCAUGCUGGUGCUGGUGAGAAACUUUGUUCCUGCGCACGAGCAGAUCGUCUCUGGAGGCUGGAACGUGGCCGAGGUCGCCAAGGACUCGUUCGACAUCGAGGGCAAGGUCAUUGCCACCAUCGGAGCAGGCAGAAUCGGCUACCGUGUGCUGGAGAGACUCGUGGCCUUCAACCCUAAGGAGCUGCUCUACUACGACUACCAGUCGCUGUCCCGCGAGGCCGAGGAGAAGGUCGGCGCCCGCAGAGUGCUCGACAUCAAGGAGCUGGUUGCACAGGCCGACAUCGUCACGGUGAACUGUCCGCUGCACGCGGGCUCGAAGGGCCUGAUCAACGCAGAGCUGCUCAAGCACUUCAAGAAGGGCGCCUGGCUCGUCAACACCGCCAGAGGCGCCAUCUGCGUGGCCGAGGACGUGGCAGCCGCCGUCAAGAGCGGCCAGCUCAGAGGAUACGGCGGAGACGUGUGGUUCCCGCAGCCGGCUCCAAAGGACCACCCUUGGAGAUCCAUGGCCAACAAGUACGGUGCCGGCAACGCCAUGACUCCGCACUACUCGGGCUCUGUGAUCGACGCCCAGGUCAGAUACGCCCAGGGCACCAAGAACAUCCUGGAGUCGUUCUUCACACAGAAGUUCGACUACAGGCCUCAGGACAUCAUUCUGCUGAACGGAAAGUACAAGACCAAGUCGUACGGCGCCGACAAAUGA